AUGCCGCAUGAUGAUCUUCUUAUACCUGAUUCGAAGUCAUCACAACAACAACAAUCUCAACAACAACGACCAUCACCACCAUUCUAUUGUUUAAGUCAUUAUCCACUUGAACCACCACCAACUGGCAGUACAAAUCUUAUUGUUCAUUGGGGUUUAAGUCGUGAUUUUGAUAAAUAUGUUAAACAACCAAUACCACCAUCAUUAAGUGAUUUUUUAACAGAUAUUCCAUUAGCUGAAACAGCACAUCAUAAAGCAGCUUCAUUUGCUGGUGAUGCACAUGGUGGUGUUGGAACCUUACGUUCAUUAUUUGCUGGUCCAAUUAUUUCAAAAGAAAUUCUACCACUUACAGAACAACAACUUAGUGCAUUUCGUUUACAUCGUGAGCCAAUAUUACCUGAUUUAUAUCAAAUAUAUACAAGUUCACCAAAAGAACCACGUGCGGCACCAACAACAGAAACACUUCUUCCUCCACCAGUGACAAAUCCAAUACCUGGACCUUCACCACAAGUUCAACGUGUUAUUAAUGAACAAACAUCACGUGUAUCACCGGAUGUUAAACGAAAAGCACCUGCUGAUACAACACCUGUUAUACAACAACAAACAACAACACCCGUUGCUGGUAUUCUUAAUCGAACAACAAGUACGCCAACAUUAGCAGCAAAUACAAAUUUACCAUCUAGUAGUGGACAUUUAAAUGAUGAUCAAGAUGAAAUGAAUUUAUCAAAACGAAAAACUAAAAAAACUAAAAAAGAAAAAAAAGUUUAA